UUUAUGACGAGCUUGUCUCUCUGUUCCUGAACUUACAGAGUCACCACGCCAGACCCUUCUUCAACUUCAACUACAUUACAUGUUCUCUGUGUCUCUGGGACUCUCUCUCUGAGAUCUAAAACCUUUCCUUUCCUUUUCCCACUCUCACUUCUCCAUUCCAAUCUCUAGAAUCCGCUUCUUCAAUUCCCCGCUUUCUCUCAAAACGAAUCAUAUUCGCUACCAUUUCCUUUUUUCUCUCUGCCUCUGUUUAUUAUUUUUUAUUCAUACCCUUCAGCCCCGUUAGUGAUCAUCGCCACAAGAUUAGUUUUUUCCGCUUAUUCGCAGCUCAAUUCAUUAGAAUAACUUAUUCUCCAACGUGAUCUGUAUCUGGGGCAUUUACAACUAUAUUUUGGUACUUCCGCCAAAUUGUCUAUGUUGUUCUUGUUUCCUCUUCUGAAUUCUCCGUCUCUUACUCAGUGCUGUGAAGUGUAGUUUUUAGCCGCCAAAUUUUACUGGCCUUGUCUUCAUAUCAUUGAGCUCUAAAGUUCUUUAUUUUUUACUCCUUAAUUUAUCCAAUUUUCUUUUUGCACCUUUUUUGAUUAUUGCUUUUUGAUCACCCCUCGAGAUCAGGGGAUUCUAGUGCGGUGUUAAAUUAACAGGAAGUGGGAGUUUGGUGAUCUGAAUUUGAGUCGCGGUUGGGGUUGUAGGAUCAUUGAAGAGUUUUAUGCUUAGUUGCCAAGAUGCCACAUGAUCAGAGAAAAAAGUCAUCUAUAGAUGUAGACUUUUUUACAGAAUAUGGCGAAGGGAGUAGAUACAGAAUAGAGGAAGUAAUUGGUAAAGGAAGCUAUGGUGUUGUUUGCUCUGCAUAUGAUACACACACCGGUGAAAAGGUUGCAAUAAAGAAAAUCAAUGACAUAUUUGAACAUGUUUCUGAUGCCACCCGCAUUCUUCGUGAGAUCAAGCUUCUUAGACUCUUACGCCAUCCUGAUAUUGUGGAGAUCAAGCAUAUUUUGUUGCCUCCUUCUAGAAGGGAAUUCAAAGACAUAUAUGUUGUUUUUGAACUAAUGGAAUCUGAUUUACAUCAGGUCAUCAAAGCAAAUGAUGAUUUAACUCCAGAGCAUUACCAGUUUUUUCUCUAUCAGCUUCUUCGAGGCUUGAAGUAUAUACACACAGCAAAUGUUUUUCACCGAGAUCUAAAGCCGAAAAAUAUUUUAGCAAAUGCUGACUGCAAGCUGAAGAUUUGUGACUUUGGUCUUGCUAGAGUGGCUUUCAAUGAUACGCCAACUGCUAUAUUUUGGACAGAUUACGUUGCAACAAGGUGGUAUAGAGCUCCUGAAUUGUGUGGAUCCUUUUUCUCCAAGUAUACCCCAGCUAUAGAUAUAUGGAGCAUUGGCUGCAUUUUUGCAGAACUUUUAACUGGAAAGCCUCUUUUCCCUGGGAAGAAUGUUGUCCAUCAAUUGGACAUCAUGACUGAUUUUCUUGGAACACCAUCACCUGAAGCCAUUGCUAGGAUACGAAAUGAGAAAGCUCGGAGGUACUUGAGCAGCAUGCGUAAGAAGAAGCCAGUUCCUUUCUCCCAAAAGUUUCCUAAUGUAGAUCCGCUUGCUCUUCGUGUAUUAGAAAGAAUGCUGGCAUUUGAACCUAAGGAUCGACCUACUGCUGAAGAGGCUCUAGCAGAUCCAUAUUUUAAAGGCUUGGCCAAGGUUGAGAGAGAGCCUUCUGCUCAGCCAGUUACAAAGAUGGAAUUUGAAUUUGAGAGAUGUAGGAUAACAAAGGAAGAUGUGAGAGAGCUUAUAUACCGAGAGACUUUGGAGUACCAUCCGAAGAUGUUAAAAGAACAUCUAGAGGGAGAAGAGCCAACAGGAUUCAUGUAUCCAAGUGCUGUGGACCACUUCAAGAAGCAAUUUGCAUAUCUUGAGGAGCAUUAUGGAAAAGGCGGAACUGUUACUCCUCCUGAGAGGCAGCAUGCAUCACUACCCAGGCCAUGUGUAUUGUAUUCAGAUAACUCAAGACACAAUAUGGCUGAAGUUGCAGGUGAUCUCUCCAAGUGUAGCAUCAAAGAAGUUGAGAAGCCAGCCAUAGAUAGGAGUAGGACUGGUGGUAUCCCAAUGACCAGGCUUCCUUUACAAGCUCCUCAUAAUAUUCAAGGUGUGAUGACUGAUGGUACAAUGCAUUGCUGCACGGCCCGGAAAAGUUGUAGGUUCAGUAUUGCGUUAUAACAACUGUGGGGUAGCAGUGACAGCUGAGGCUGAGCAGCGGAGGAUGGGUAGAAAUCCAUCUGUUCCAGUUCAGUUUGCUGCUCCAAGCUGUUCAUAUCCAAGAAGAAACCCAAGCUGUAAAAAUGAGAGAGCAGAAGAGGGGAUUGAAGGUGCUAAUGGACUUCAGACGAAGCCUCAAUACGUGGCACGAAAAGUUGCUGCUGCUGCUCAAGGUGGACCUGGUGGUAGUUGGCAUUGAUUAUUGAAUUUGGAAAUGUUGAAUUUGUAGCCUGCAACUGCUUUGUGUCAGCAUACAAGGGUCGCUUGUCCCACAUGAAACCCAGAUCAAUUGUCUAAACCCUAAACCCUAAACCCUUAGCUGAUGUUCUAUUAGAUCUUGCAAUUUGCUUCAUCAAUUUAAAGUGUGGAAGGUUCCACGUGGUCCAAUUACGAUACUCUUACUCUCUAGUUCGUUAAUAACAGAGAACGAAAGAUCAGAAAGCAUGAAAUGAAGGCAGUGCAAUUGCUGCUACAUGUUUGUGCUGUUAUAUUUUGCAGAAUGUAAGCCGUUGAUAUUACCUUCCCUUCAUAUUUUGGGCAUCAUCCAUAACAAUGAUAUUGUAUUUUAUAACCCACUGGCUUCUUGUUGUAGUCAAAUAAUUUGUUCCUUCUUUGUAAUGUCUCUGUCUCUGAAGAUUAAUUAGAAACUGGAAUUGGUCUCGAGCAAACUCAGCAAAUACAAAUUUUAUUUGGCAUUGU